AUGAUCGACUUUUGUAUCUAUGCCGAAAUGAAAACUGACGAGGCUGCUCUCAAAGCCGGCAGUCUUCUCCGCCGGAUGAUUCCCGAAAAUGUCAUUAACCACUCCAACUAUCACCCUCUUUGCCAGCGGCCGAUUAUUGUCAGUAUCGAAACCAAAAAACCCCAUGGGACUUCAACCGCCACCGCAGGCUUACAAAUUAGCACGUGGCUCGCUACCCAGUGGAAACUUCUCGAGAAGCUCGUCGAGCAAUCGGACGGUUCAUUCGACGGACUACCUUUUCAGCCAGGCAUUAUUGUCGAAGGGCAUAUUUGGCUCUUUAUUGCUACAACAAGGGAGGGGCGCAAAACUGUAUUAUGGAGAGAACAGAUGUUUGGGUCUACAAGCAACUUAGACGGUAUGGGAAUUGAGGCGCUUAACAGAAUGGAUUAA